CCUGCCAAAAUGUUCAGACACUGGCAGGACCAGUCCAUUAUCUUUUCCCUCUGCAAACCCUAUCCACUCCACUCCAUAACUCCUCUCUCUCUCUGUCCUCUGCGACGAACUAACCGCAUCGAACGAAAUUCCUCGAAAUCCUCUCAGCCUGGAGCUUCCCCCUACGGUUGAUGGACAGUAGUCUCCUCCCUCACUCCACUAGGACGCCGCCGCCGCCGUUUCUGCCUCCCGCGGCGAGACGCCCCGCCUCCCGCAAGUUCCUGCCCCAGAAGCCGGGCGCGAGCGCGAGGAUCGCCGGGCGCCGCCCGCCGCGGCGAUCGCUGACCGUCGUCGCCGGCGCGAGCCACUGCGAGUCGAGCAGCCUGAACACGCCCCUGGUGCCGGAGUCCGCGCCGGGGAAGUACCUGACCGGGGUCCUGCAGAAUCAGCGGCAGCUGUUCCACGUCGCCGUGGCGGAGGAGCUGAAGCAGCUGGCCGAAGACCGCGACGCGGCGGUCUCGCGUGUGCUGCUCAGCGCCGGCUCCGAUGAAGUUUGCCUCCACAGGAGGAUUGCAGAAAUCAAAGAGCGUGAUCGUCAAGUUGCAAUCAAAGAUGUUAUGUACAUGUUUAUACUUUACAAGUUCUCGGAGAUCAGGGUUCAUUUGGUCCCCAAGCUUUCCAGAUGCAUUUACAAUGGAAGAUUAGAGAUAUGGCCUGCAAAAGACUGGGAAUUAGAAUCCAUUCACGGCAUCGAUGUUUUGGAGAUGAUAAAAGAGCAUGUUGCUGCUGUCAUUGGCCUGAGAGCAGAUUCUAGUGUUACAGACAACUGGGCGACUACUCACAUUCAACGACUCCAACUUGGCCGACUUUAUGCAGCCUCUGUUUUAUAUGGUUACUUCUUGAAAUCUGCUUCUUUGAGGCACCACCUCGAGUGUAGUCUAGCUUUAUCUCACCAGGGACACCAGGUCUUCCACAAAAACUCCCUUGAGUCUCCGAAACUUUGGCCAUACGGGUGGAACAAUCUUGUUUGUGGUUGUUUUAGGAACGAUAAAUUGUCUUUAGGCCAAGCAGCAAUCCAGGAUAGAAACCAUGAAAAGUUGAGAUGUUAUGUGAUGGGGUUUGACCCCGAGACCUUGCAGAGAUGUGCAAAAGUCAGAUCCAGGGAAGCCAUCGAUCUAAUUGAGAAGCAUAGCUGUGCUCUCUUUGGGGACGGAAAGAUGGGUUUGAUCAGUAGCGAUGACAUCAUACUUACCUCAUUUUCAAGCCUAAAGAGAUUGGUUUUAGAGGCUGUUGCUUUUGGUGCCUUUCUUUGGGAUGUGGAAGAGCAUGUUGAUGCUGUUUAUAAGCUCAAUGAUAACUGAUAGAAAGGGGCUGGGGGUGCUGAACUAAGCGGGAUUUAUCUCUCUCAGUUGCCGAUGUAUAUAAGAGCUCGACUAGAAGUGCGGAUUGUCCAGUUCACUCUUGUAAAUAGGAGUUUCAGGUAUGCAAUCAAAGUUCUCCUGUUUUACAUUACAGCUUUAAGAGUAGUGUACAGCUUUUAGAUGGUGCAAACUUUUGUUACAGAGUGUAUAAACCGAUGAGUAAACUGCUAGUAGAAAUUUCACAGCAAACCUGUUUCCUUUUUA